CAUUUAACACACGACAGAACGAGCGGAACGAAACGCGUAAGCGAGGGGCUCAUUACAUGUUCUAGGACGUAUAAUAACCGCUUGUGCUCUAUCUAUCCGUGGCGAAGUAAUGUUGGAAAGGCAGCGGAGGCUCGAGAACAGGUGUGCGUGCGUGUUGCGUGCUCAGGUGAGAUCGGCGGGCCCCGGUGGGCCCCGAAGCGCGCGGCUGCUGUUGCUGGUCACGGCUCGCCGGCCGGAGUUCCGGGGCCCAUUUCCGGACAGCACCGGUAUGGUCUCCUUUUUAGCCGGGAAGAAGUAUCAGUUGUUCGCAUAUACAGUUAGCCGUCGUACACGCAUCAUACCCGAAGAACGAGGUGUAUCCUUGCUCCUUCGCGCGUGUCCCCCGCGAGAUAGAGGCGGCGUUUAAAUGAACCCCGAUUGCUGAUGUCCGCGAUAACUAGAACAAUGGAUUUCCCCAGGCGGGUGAGUGAUCAUUCAAGGAGUUUGAUGAUCGUGAAAGAUUCAUGAGAGAGAAACGAUGAUAGGAGCUACCGCAGUGACGAUUCCAGCGGCGAAAUCUUCAGGAAUAUCCCGAAGAACAGCAGCACUUUUCGCGUCUGGAAAAUCGAAGGUCUGCGUGCAACAGCCGUAACUAGCAACAAUAUGGGGCUCUUCCUCUCCGAAUCAGCAUACAUCGUCUAUGCUGUAUCUGCGAAGGACGGUGCUCUUCCUUACCCAAGCAUGCCGAUCAAGGACCUGAAGGAUACUUCGGUGGUGCGUGCCAUCCACUUCUGGAUUGGCGUCAACUGCGACUCGACAGUGUCCGGUGCUGCAGCACUUCGCGCCGCCGAGCUCGAUUCGCAGAUCUCGGCGAUGAUCCUGAUGCGGGAAGCGCAAGGUCGCGAGAGCUCCCGAUUCCUCGCUUACUUUCGGCAACGAUUGAUCAUCGAAAAUCUGCAUUUUGACGAUCCACCCGUUUGCACUCUUCAUCGAGUCUCCGGGGUGGCCGUGCCGAUUUUAACAGAACUGACGAGAGUCAGCUGGGAGUAUUUUAGUUGUCGCGAUGUCAUCCUUGUGGAUAUUCGUGCAAAAGGUGUCAUCUUCUUGUGGCUAGGAUCCUUAUCAGAUCCAUUGCAUAAACGUCACGCUGCUAGUCUUCUAGAAUCCCGAAAAGAGAAUAAUAACGGCCGUAUAGUGGUGGUCGAGGAUGGCUACGAACAAACGUUGUCCGAAGACGAUAAACAGCUCUUCAGCAGCGUGCUUGAUCCCUCGAUGAGGGUAGUAGCGCCUGAUCGCCAGCACCGCAUCAACCCGCCGAGUUCCAUUAAAUUGUACAAGUGCAGCGAACAAUCGGGCAAGUACAAGGUCGCCGAAUUGAAAUCCGGGCCGAUUCUUUGUAGCGAUCUAACUUCCAAUUCUGUGUACUUGGUGGAUCGGGGUGAGGCAGGGGUGUGGGCCUGGGUGGGCCGUGAUGUCAACGCUAGGGAAAAAUUGGAAGCUGUUAGAAACGCGCGUGGUUUCAUCAAGAAGAAGAAUUACAGCGACGGCAUGCCAGUGGCCAGGGCGAUAGAAGGUCACGAACCGGUGGAAAUGAAAGCAUUAUUGAGAGACUGGGAACCUUCCAAGACUAGACCACUAACUUUACCGAUGAGUUUCGAAUCCGAUUACAUGAAUGAAAGACCCAGAAUGGCGGCUGAGUGUCAACUGGUGGACGACGGAUCCGGCGAGCGGACUUUGUGGAGAGUCGAGCAACAGGAAGGCAUGGUCCAGGUAGAGGACGACAGGGGGAUUUAUUAUGCAGAAGCCUGCUACGUGAUGCUAUACAAGUACGGACAAGGACGAAGGUGUCGAAGUAUUAUUUAUUGUUGGGAAGGUGUCCAUUCUAUCAAGGUAGAUCGUGACGCAGCGUUGACAGCAGCUUGUCAUUUAUCCGAAGAGACGAAUGCACAAUUGGUGAAGGCAUCUCAAGGCAGAGAACCACCUCAUCUAUUGCAGAUCUAUGAUGGCAAGCUGAAGAUACUUGCUGGACGUCACCGUGAUUCGCCGCCAAAGAAAUAUCUGGUCAGAGUGUUCGGUUCAACGCCAUACACUUCAAAAGCGGUGGAACGUCCGUUGCGGGCGAAUAGCUUAGAUUCCAGCGCGGUGUUCAUCCUCUUUUCCAGCACACCAAUCGUCUGGUGCGGCAGCAAGAGCACGGGUGACGCUCGACAGGCAUCGCGACGCCUUGCGCCCAGAAAUGCACCUCUCGUCGCUGAGGGAAAGGAGGACGACGAUUUCUGGCUUGAGCUUGGAGGAAGAGGCAGUUAUGGUGCGGAAACCGAGGAAGUCGGCGAGGAACUGGAUAAACAUCUCUUUCAGUGCCGCACCGAGAAUGGCCUCUUCGUGGGCGAGCAAGUUCUCGGAUUCCGACAGAACUCUUUGAUACCAGAAGCUAUCUGGUUGCUAGACGCUGGUAGUGUAAUCUGGGUAUGGAUAGGCAAAUUUUCUGUUCCAAAGACAUUGCAAGAAUGUGUCGAAGACGCUGCUAUAUAUCUUUAUACACAUCCCGCAGGCCGAAAUCGCAAUACGAUAAUUUCUGUAAUCAAGCAAGGAUUAGAACCAGCCACCUUUAUUGGGCUGUUCGAGAACUGGAAUCAUAAUCUAUUAAGAGAUUAUAAGCCGUUCGAAGUUUUCUGUGCCUUGCUAGAGGACAAAGAUCAAUCGACGAGAACGCAAAUGUCCUCCACCAAAGCCACCACAGAUUUCGAUAAUUAUAUCAAAUAUCCGCCGGCAGUGCUAAAGAGCGAGCCAGAGAAUCUGCCAGCUGGCGUUGAUGUCAGACGCAAAGAGAUGCAUCUGACUUAUGAUAAUUUCAUCGCAAUUUUCAAGAUGGAACCUGCAGAAUUCGAGAAAUUGCCCGCUUGGAAAAGGCAGCGGCUCAAGCAGGCCGCUGGACUCUUCUAACUUUUAUAAAUCGCUUCCUCAUGUACAGGAUAUAUCUUAAAUUUAUAUCUUUUGUUUUCGACAAAAGAUAAACUUGCAGGCAAUUUUAACGAAUUAUUUUAUAUUACUUUACUUCUCAAUAUUAACUUUGUA